GGGGCGCUCCGCCCGCCGCCCAGCACAGCGGGGCCGGGCCCGGCGGCUCGGCGGGGCCUUUGUGUGUGAGGGGAGCGGCGGCGGCUGCCGCCCCGGUGCGGCGGCGGUGGGCGAGGCGAGGCGAGGCGGCGCCGGGAGCCUCCACCCCCGGGCCGCCCUGCCCGCGGCUCCUCAUGUGACGCGGGAUUGAAGUGGAUUAAGGGACGAAUGGAUGACUGAAUAUUCAUAUGAAGAGGAAAGCCAUAAAAGACAUCAGCGCCUUUGAAAACAGAAUGUUAAUGCUUGAUGGGAUGCCGGCAGUCAGAGUUAAAACAGAGCUGCUGGAAUCUGAGCAAGGGUCUCCAAACGUCCACAACUACCCAGAUAUGGAAGCUGUACCCUUGUUACUAAACAACAUGAAGGCAGAUCCCCCGGAGGAUUCAUUAUCUACAGACCAUUUCCAAACACAGACUGAACCAGUGGACUUAUCAAUAAACAAAGCCAGAUCAUCCCCUACAGCAGCCUCAUCUUCACCAGUUUCCAUGACAGCAUCAGCUUCCUCCCCUUCUUCUACUUCUACUUCUUCUUCUUCUUCUAGUCGACCAGCUUCAUCGCCCACGGUAAUAACCUCGGUAUCCUCGGCAGCAUCUGUCCCAUCAGUAUUAACUCCAGGUCCUCUUGUGGCCUCUGCAUCUGGUGUUGGAGGCCAGCAGUUUUUGCACAUUAUCCAUCCAGUUCCACCUUCAAGCCCCAUGAACUUGCAGUCCAACAAAAUGAGUCACGUGCACCGUAUACCCGUGGUGGUACAGUCGGUACCUGUUGUCUAUACAGCUGUGAGAUCACCUGGGAAUAUGAACAACACUAUAGUAGUACCACUGUUGGAGGAUGGGAGAAGCCAUGUCAAAGCACAAAUGGACCCCCGAGGCCUAUCUCCCAGACAAAUUAAAAGUGACAGUGAUGAUGACGACCUGCCAAAUGUGACCUUAGAUAGCGUUAAUGAAACUGGAUCUACAGCGCUCUCCAUAGCCAGAGCAGUACAAGAAGAGAGCAUGUGGGGCUGUGCCAGGUCAGCUGCUAACCCUUUUCGUUUUUUCAACUCCAGGAGAUGGAAAGACGCGACCUCCCCAGCAGGAGCAGGAGCAAGUUCAAUUUCACCAUUCAGUAUUGAGAGCACAAGGCGUCAGAGAAGGUCUGAGUCUCCAGACUCCAGGAAGCGGCGCAUCCACCGGUGUGACUUCGAGGGAUGCAACAAAGUGUACACAAAAAGUUCCCACCUGAAGGCCCACCGGAGGACGCACACAGGAGAAAAACCCUACAAAUGUACCUGGGAAGGCUGCACCUGGAAGUUUGCUCGCUCCGACGAACUGACGAGGCAUUACCGCAAGCACACGGGAGUGAAGCCAUUCAAGUGUGCAGACUGUGACCGCAGCUUUUCCCGCUCAGAUCACUUGGCGCUUCACCGCCGCAGGCACAUGCUGGUUUGAGAAACGCUACCUGUUCCAGCCGAGCUUAAGAGCUGGGUCUCUUAACUACCCGGAGUGAAUUCAGCAGGGCUGAAUCCCCUUCUACAGUGUUAACAGGCAGGGCUGUCCCUGCUGUCUGUAACAAAAAAAUAAUUAAAAAAAAAAAAAAGCAGGAAAAGAAGUGCCACUCUUCUCCUCGCCAUCUGAAGCUAACCCCGUCUGCCCCUCAGCAUGGUUACACCCCGAAAGUGUCAUCACGAUCACCUGAGAAAUAGCAGCCGAAAUGCUACAGGAAUGGGCAUUAUUUUACAUGCUGCGUCCUUUGAAAAAAAUGUUUAUAGCUUGUAUGUUUUCUCAGCUGUUGGACAUUUUGUUCCUGAAAAAUCACUGCUGACUGGAGGAUCAGAUGCCACAAACCGAUGACGAUGAUGAGAGCAAGACCAGUAGACCUUUAUUAUCCCAUCUUUUCCUCUUGUUUGAAUACCACCUGGCCAGUGUCAGCCUCACGCCCGAGCUGUGCUACAGACGAGCUGUGUGGGAGUAGGCGAGAAGAUCCUGCUGGAGAGGUCCCACCGUCGGAGCCGAAGGGUUGCUGGAACAGACUUUUGCAAUAACAAUGGUGGCAUUUUAAUGUUGUACCACAAGUUGUCAUUAUGCCAUUGAGGACACCAGCCAUUUAACCUUUUUCUUUUAUCCUUUUUUUUUUUUUUCCUUUUUCUUUUGUUGUUGUUGUUGAAGUCUGUAAAAUAAAAAAGGGGCAGCAGCAUUUCUGCUGAAAGUACAAUAUUAAGUAUCUGUAUUUUACCGUGGACUUAUUUAGAACCAUUUCCUGACUUGUAUAGAAAAAGCCGAUCUGAAAACUACUACCCCGUUCUCAAAGUGCAGUUUUCUUUCAUGCAGGUAUCCUCUUCCCCGUGACCAGUAUUUGAAUGCAAGAAAGUAGUCAGAUCUUACGCUCGCUGGUACCAGUGUUAGGGGUGUAGCCAUCCGUGGAAUGGAAUUGAAUGUACCCACAAAACAAAACAGAAGAAAGGGCUGCAUCUCUUGCAGAGAAAAAGCAAUAAUGAGUAAAAUGGUUCUCAAAACAAUAAUUCACUCCACACCAAUAGAAGGCAGGGAUGCAGAAUAGCAUGUAAGACCAUUGAAGUCUUUCUGAUGAUUUCACUGACCUGUUAGGUACCACAAUUAAGUACAUUCAUUUCCUCCAACAUAAAACUUAUUUGUGUCUGGAAAGCAAGACAGAUAAAGGAAAGAUCUGAGCGUUGAGGAGUCAGUGGAUGAACUGUAAGUAGGAUGGAGAAAUGGUUCUGGAAUGGUGCUCUGCAAGUCAUUAUGUUUCUCCCUGGGAAUUAGGGAAUAACAAGAUUUUUACAUCUGUCUGUUAUGAUACAAAUGGCCCUUUAUAUGGGUAGCAGUGGCUGCCUCUGCUGGGAUUUUCAAUCCAAGACUUUUCAGAUUAAAUAAAAGGAAAUUCUUGAUCAUUCCCAUACAGCCCUAUAAUUGUGAAUCAAUUUAUAUUAAUUACAUUAUGGAGGAAAGAGAGAAACUCUUAGUCAUCAGUUGUUCAUGAAAACAGAAUAGUGUUUUUCUGUUUUCCUUCCUCACAAGGAUCUGCCUAUUCAGCUAAAUGUGACAAAGAAGAGGCUUGGCAAGAUUUUUUAAGUGUUGAGACUUUUAUAGCUUAGAGAUAAAAGAUGUAUACAUAAAGAUCUUUUGCAAUGCAUUUAAUUAUGAAUAUUUGGUUCCAGGAAUUGCACAGAUUAAACUUGUGAUGCCACUUGUUCAU